ACCAACACACACACACGCACACACGCAAUCUUAUCCCCCAACCCCGUGUUCUUGCGUGUGGGUGCUUGCCUGUAACUUUCCUGGGCCUUUGACGCGAUCUAAUAGGAUCGAUUGGGAAGGCACUCCGUCGGACAAAAACAAACAGCUAAACCAGGUUUAACGAUAAACCUGGAUAAAUUAAGCGGAAUGAAAAGCUGACAGGAUUGGAAGCCAGCGGGGGAAUUACACCAGCCCCAAACUCCCUGUGUCCAGAGUGCGCGCUUUCCUGAUGUCCCUGUCCGGUGUCUGGCGCGUACCCCGCUUCCUAUUGAGUGAGAAGACCCCGAGUGCAAGAGUUCCUGAUCCAGCAGUCUGUCGAGUGGCCAAACUGUCCCAAGGAACUCGGAAUUAACGCUCGCUGCCUUGAGUAGUUUAACAGUUCCAUAAAUCAGGGUUAUGUAAAGCUGGCGCAGUUUGGGCCAGAAUAUACUGCUUGUUUUGAGGGUGUGAUAUACAGCCACUGUUUAUACCUUGUGAGAACUGAACGCCCUCGACCAAAACGAAUAAUACACACACAAAUAUUUCAGUUUUUAUGGAAAAGAAACACAAUGAGGUGUUCAGAAAAAGACCCAAGAGGUGCAAGGUGUUUGUACUGAGAGGAUCAUAAUAGCGGAAAAGUUGCCAUGUUUCUGUUCUUGAGGUGGGCGAGGGUGGUGGGAUGAGGCGGGUGGCCGCCGGUAAGGCCGCCCAGGAGUGAUCCAUCAGCCAUGCGUCCCCCGAGCCCCGUGGUGCAGCUGACCCUCCUGCUGGCUGCUGCAGCCACCGCCAGCGACUGCCCCUCCUUCUGCUCCUGCAAGUGGAAACACGGCAAGCAAACAGCAGAGUGCCACCGCAAGGACCUACACACGCUGCCGACCAACAUUGACCCGGCCACACAAGUCCUGGACUUGUCCCACAACAACAUCCAGAGGCUCCCGCGGCUGGCCUUCGCCCAGGAGGGCCUGACCAACCUGCAGAAGAUCUACCUGACCGACUGUAAUCUGCAGGAGGUGGAUAACGAGGCGUUUGGGGAGUUAAGUAACCUGGUGGAACUGGACCUGAGCGACAACCAGCUGAAGCAGGUGCCGAGUGAGAGCUUCAGACACACGCCGGAGCUGCGAGAGCUGUACCUCAGCGGUAACCCCAUCCACAACAUCGACCUGGACACCUUCACCCACCUCUCCUCCCUAAAGACCCUCGACAUCAGCAAGUGCAGCAUCAGGACCAUCGCCGCACGCGCGUUCGAGCCGCUCAGGAUGCUGGAGAAGCUAAAACUGGCCUCCAACAGACUGACGGAGCUGCAGCCUCGACUGGUGGACAGUUUACAGAACCUGCACCAGCUGACGGUGCACGAGAACCCCUGGUUCUGCGACUGCCGCCUGCGGAAGCUGCGGGAGUGGCUGGUGGUGCGCCGCGUCCCUCACACCGUCUCGCCCGUCUGCGCCAAGCCCCUGCGCAUCCAGGGACUCAACUUCGAUGAGAUUGACGAGGAUGAGUUUGCGUGUCCGCCGGAGAUUCUGCCCACGACGCGCCGGAUCGAGGGCGUGGCGGGGGUCAACACUACUGUGUGGUGCCCCGUGGGCGGCCUGCCCACGCCGGCCGUGUCCUGGCACGUCAGGGACACGGUGGUGCACAAUGGGUCGUCUGUGGGCGUGGGCGGCGCCCAUGGCUACAUCCUGAACGAGGCGAGCGAGGAGCGGGGAAGCCUCCUGCUGCUGGUGGGGACCAGGAGCCAGGACUCCGGGCUCGUCAUCCGGUGCGUCGCGUCUAACGCGGCCGGAACCGCGUCCGCGACCUUCGAGCUGGCCGUCGCGCAGCGCUCCUCUGCGAGCUUCUCGCCCGAUAAGAUUGCUGCCAUCUCGUCCGUGUUGGUGGUGGUGGCUGCCAUCCUCAUCGGCGUCCUCUCCGUGCUGGCACGCCGCCGCCGCCACGCCCACACGCCCAUACCCAUCAAGACCGUCACGGUCAACGGCGCGACGGAGGCGCGCAUCGCCGACUUGCCUUACACCCCUUCGGCGUACGUCGGCGGGUCGGUGGUGGCGACGACGGACAACCCCGACCUGCUGUGCGAGGCGGACCAGAACUCCGAGGGCGAGUGCUGCACGACCGACGACGGCAGCCAGCACUCCACCUGCAGCGUCGCCCGCAGACACAGCCACGCCGUGUCCCUGGACGGGGACAAGGCGCCCCUCGGCUGUCCCUUUGACUCCGUGUGGGAGCCCGAGAGAGUCCACGCCGUGCUGGACUCUGCGGCGCCGGAGCACGUGAUGCACACGUCGCUGCACGAGCCGCUGACGCCCAGCUGCGACGCCCUGGUGCAGCAGCGGCUGCUCUCCUCCUCCCAGCGCCACCUCAACAACCGGCUCUCCUACCUGCCGGACUUCGCCCCGGACUACUCGGAGCUGUACUCCUUCAGCCAGGUGGGGUCGGGCCACACCUCCCUGAGCGGCGUGCCCGUCCCCCACUACGGCACCAUCCCCCGCUCCAUCAAGACCAGAGCCGCCGUCCCUGAGCUCGUCCCUGGCGACGGGACGCCGACGCUGACGCGGCACCCGAGGGCCUGGCACUACGGGUCCGAGGGCUCGCCGGCGGCGCCCAUCGACCAGCAAGGGGGCUACGGCGCCUACACCAGCUCCCCGCCCACCAGCCGCGCCUCCACCUGCGUGCCUCAGCAGCCCCUGCACAGCCACAGCAACAAGCUGAGUCGCAUCACCGCCCGAGACUCUCCCGACGAAGGCUACCAGGAGGGCGCCGACGUCUAGCACUCGUCUCGCGCCCUAAAGACCUUGAGGCGUGAGUGAAGCUCCACUAAGGCUCUCUGUGCCCGGAUUUACCCGUGUGUGUGUGUGCCCACCUGGUGUAUGCCCGACCCACCCACACACACUGUGUGGUGUGCUCGGUCACGGGGACAAACACUGCACUGCCACUAUGCCAAAGUGGUGAUGGGCGGCGUGACCUUCCCGGGGAGUUGUCUCCCCCGGGGCGCGAGCCACCUGUGGGAGCCCGCGACAGCCUGGCUACGUCACCACCUGUGUCCCGUGAGACCUGUCUCUGCCAGGUCAAAGAUGGUCAUCUCCACCACCUGUGUUCGCCAGAUGGCUCACGUGCUGGCAGUUGGAUGAUUCUAGAGCUUCCAAAAACACUCUGGCAUUGUAAAAUGUCCAUAUAUAUAUAACGACUCUUAAAAUGAAAAAAAAAUAAAAACUUUUUUCAAGGUACCUUUUCCUGCUAAACGUUGUAUUCUCAGCCUUACACAUCACAUUCCUGAUCGUUGUAGCGAGGUCUCUGUGUGCUCCAGGCCUCCUUAAAAGUUUCAUUAUAUACAUAAAUAUAUAUAUAAUUUUAUAUAUGAAACGUUUGUGAACUGUGGCAUUUUAAGAGCUUAUGUGGCCAUCAAGAGCAGCAUUAACAUAAGUGGUCAGAGAGUGUCGGCAGAGAUGUCAUUCCCUCGGUGUCAACCAAUCGGGCUUCGUCACUUCCAUCUAAUUAUACCACCCCACAAGCGCGUUCAUGCCUAAGCAGCUGUGAGGGAGGAGGCCAAGCGAUGCCUCCCCCUUGGGAGAAGUCAUUUGAUGCUUCAACACACCCUCCCCAUACCCCGGGGGCGCCAUUUGGUGCCUCAGGAGAAACCAUGGGGUGCCACGCUCGUAGGGAAUCAUGCGGUGCCUCCUCCCACGUGGGGAGCCAUGUGGUGCCUCUUCCCACGUGAUCGCUGACAAUAAAGCCAACACCACCUACUAUAUUUUUUGGUCCAAGUGGGGGAGGUAACGAGAGCUGUGACCAGGAGGCCAGCAAGGAACUCUUCCCAGUGUGAGACGUGCCUGAAGGCGAGGUCCUGCCUCCAUCUCCUGCUAAGUACACAUGUGAGACGCGCGUGUGUACACACACACACACCAGUACGCUCAUCGUACACACACACCUGGCGGGGCAGCAGCACCUCGCCCUCAUGCACUCAUUAUGUAUAUAUUGUACAUGAAUAAAAUCUACGUAUAGAUAUAAUGUAUAGCUAAUUAUAAGAUAUGAACUCUUACAACUUCUUUCUCUUCUGUAGAAGGGAUGCAGCAUAUAUUGAUUUCAAGAGAUAGUCGAAAUUCUUCGCAUUAAUCGUCCUCCUUAAAACAUAUAUAUA